GGCAUUAGCAAAAUUAUAUAAAUAUUUAUGAUUCUUUCGUAAGGUCAAUGAGUACUGUAACUUUAUUCAUUGAUCCGAGUUUUAGUUAACAGUGAGUGAUUAAAUGGACACAAUACUAGUGUCACUGAUGCAAACAUAAUUUUCUUCUUGUUUUAUUAUUUUUGCGGUUGCCGAUGUGAAUAAAAAUGUUAUUAUUAAAUAAAUUUCGGUGUUUUCUAAUACUAGUUUGUGUGGUUCAAUUCCAACGAUCUGUUGCGCAAAAUGAAAAUAAAUAUAUUAGUAUGUUGUUGGCAAAAGUAUUAGGCUUCCGAUUGUCAAACGAUACAUCUCCACAAUCAUAUGCUUUGCAAAUAGAACCUCAUUUUACUAACGAAGAAUUUACGUUUGACGGAACAGCUAGUAUAAUUUUUGAAGUGCAUAAUCCAACUCGGGAUGUGAUCUUUCAUGUUGCUGAUUUACUAGAGAUUGAUAAGACGUACACAAGAUUAGUGCUUAGUGAUGGCACAAUAAAGAAACCAAUCACACAACGAUGGAGUGAUAUUCUUGAAUUUUUUAAUAUUAAAUUUCAAGAUGAAUUGCCAGUUGGAUUGUACACAUUGAAACUCAAAUGGUUGGGUCAUGAAGCGAAGAAUCUCAAAGGUUUUUAUCGUGGUAUUGAUGACGAUCCAAACGAAGAAAAAUAUAUGGUGGCGACACAUUUUCAACCUCAUGCAGCUCGCAGGGCUUUUCCAUGUUGGGAUGAACCUGCAUUCAAAGCAGAAUUUGAAAUUUCGCUGAAACAUUAUCCCAACUACACAGCUUUAUCAAAUAUGCCAGUAAAAAACCACGUAGAAACAACAGAUGGAAAGAUUUGGACAAACUUUGAAAAAUCUCCCCCAAUGUCAACUUAUUUAGUGAGUUUUAUAAUUGCUGAUUACGAGCAUUACGAAAAUAAUGUUGGAAAUGUCACAUUUUGGACGAAAAAAGGUAGCAAAGAUAAUGUAAGACUGGCUUUUGAAAUAAGUCAAGCAACAUUAAUUGCAUUGGAAAAAUACACUGGUAUACCAUACGCACUUCCUAAGCUAGAUCAAGUAACUGUCCCUCAAUAUUCUUCUACUGCUACUGAACAUUGGGGGAUCAUUAGCUAUGUAACCUAUGGAGUUUAUUUUAAUUUGAAUGAAAAUAGUAUUUUAAUGCGCGAUAAUGCAAUCCAAUUAACAAUACACGAAGUUUCUCACCAGUGGUUUGGAAAUUUAGUAACACCCGUUUGGUGGGACGACCUUUGGUUGAGUGAAGCUUUCGUCGUAUAUUUUUCAGCAAAGAUAGCUGACGAGAUACUAAAUGAUUGGUAUGGGAGAGAUUUAUUCGUCGUCGAUAUUAUGCACAAAAUAUCUUUUCCAGCAGAAUUUUUAAUCAGAUAUCCUCGACCAAUUAAAUGGAAUCCUGGUAGCCCAUCAGAAGUUUCAGAAAUAUUCAAUACAGUGACUUAUCGUAAAGGAGCAGCGAUCGUUUAUAUGCUCGAAAAUAUUUUAUCUGAAGAUGUUUUCCAGGACGGAAUAAGGAGAUAUUUACAAAAACAUCAAUUCAGCGCGGUUACAACCAAUGAUUUAUGGCAAGCUCUUCAAGAAUCUUACGAUGAGAGUCGACUAUUUCCCAUUUUGAAUAUUAAAGAAGUAAUGGAUCCAUGGUUAGAACAAACAGGCUAUCCAAUUUUGAAUGUAACAAGAGAUUAUGAAACUGGAAUUACAAAUAUCACUCAAUCAAAUGGAAUGCCCGCUAAUCCAGAUAACUUAUGGAUGGUUCCGUUGACUUUUACAGAUAGUUCGAAACUUAAUUUCAAUCAUACGCGACCGACACAUUGGUUAGCACAAUCUCGUGAAAAUCUCACAAUUUAUGGAAUCCAUAAAGAUGACUGGGUGAUUUUUAAUAUUCAGCAAAGUGGUUUCUAUCGUGUUAAUUAUGAUCACGAAAAUUGGAAACGCAUAGCUGAUUAUUUGCAUACUAAUAACUUUUAUAAAAUCAAUGUCAAAAAUCGAGCGCAAUUCAUUGAUGAUCUUUAUUAUUUUACGACUAUGGAUGAUCAAUAUUAUGAAAUGCUCAUUGAUGUUAUUUCAUAUUUGUAUAGAGAAACUAAUUAUCUUCCCUGGAUACCAACAUUAGAAAUAAUUGAGAAAUUCAACAGUUUAUUGAUGAAUACUCCAAGUUAUAAUAUCUUUGAAAAAUUCAUGUUACAUCUUUUGAAUAAUAUAGUUGAGCAUGUGGGUUUCGAAAAUGAUAAAAAUGAAAAUCAUUUAGUUCAACUCGCUCGGCAUCAUUUGUUACCUUGGGCGUGCGCUUUUGGUCACGAAGGAUGCCGGGCGGCUGCUCGUGAUAAGGUUACAGCACAUCUUGAAAAUCCUAGUAGUAAUGUAAUUACUCCGAGUGAAGAAAGUUGGAUUUAUUGUAACGGUCUCAGAGCUUCUAAUGAAAGUAUUUGGGAAAAUUUCAUGAAUGCACAUCUUGCUAAUCCUCUGGAACAACCAGGAUUUCAAUAUUUAGGGUGUACUGAUAAUCGUCAUUUAAUUGAAAAAUAUUUACUUCUAGCAGUUGCAGAUAAUUCUACACUUUUAACGGAUCAAGUUACUAACGCUAUUUUAUCAGUUAUGUCUGGAAAACGAGAAAAUGUUGAUUUUGUUUUGGAUUUCUUCAUCAAUAACAUUGAGAAAAUUAGACAAUAUUUCGAUGUAAGAGAUAUGUCCAAUCAAAUUGAUUGGAUAGCACAAAAAUUUAGUGAAAGUAUAAAAAACCCAGAUCAAUAUAAUAAAUUUAUAGAAUUUGUUACAAGUCAAGAGGAUUUAGGUAAAAUGUCGCCUACGAGUGAAUUAUUAAAAGAAGCUAGAAAUACUAUGGCAUCGAGUGAAAAAAUAUCAUCAAUAUUUCAUGCACUAAUAGAUUCAAAGCCUUCACUUUUUAAUCUUAUACAUGGGCCAUUGUAUUCAAAUAAUAAGUGAUUAAAAAUAAAAUGAAUGCAACAGAUUUAUGUCAAGAAAUAUAAUCGUUAUAUUUGAUUGUUGUUUUAUAUAAUAACUGUUUACUUUAAAAUCACCGUUUCCUUUAAUUUAAAUUUAUUUCGAUUUUCUGUAAAUUUUAAACUCAAAAUUUAUUCACUUACAAAGAUUCUGGAUUUGAAAAAAAAAAAAAAAAUAAUGUAAUUUAUAAAUUAUAGUUUACUAAACAUAAUUGAAAAUUUUUGAAUCAAAAUUGAAAAUUCUAUAUAAAUAUGUUACUUAUAAAUAUGUAGCAUUAAUUUAAGAAGGUUUUACAUACUUACGGCCACAUAACAUGGAAAUUUGACGAUACGUUAGGCUUACAGUCAAAAUUUUCGGUAGAUAACAGCACAAUAGAUUCAAGGAAAUAAACUUUAUUGAAAGAAUUGCAGUGAAAUAAUUAUAACCUUUCACAGAUUAA